UUCUUAUGACAUAUCCUAUAACUUUCCUGAAAUACCACGAUUUUUGCGUUGUUGUGAUAAACUUUUAAAUAAUUUCCAAAUAAAUCAUGUUACGAUAUUUAAUUAAAAAUUUUCAAAAAACUCUAAUAUUAACAAAGUCAAUUCCCACUGAGUCCAAUCCACAAUUCACAAAUUUAUUUUUGCGUACUUUAACAACAAACCUAACAACCACCACACAAAACGAAGAACCAACAACUUCUUCCACCACCACAGCCACCACACAAAACCCUCUGGACACCGAUGAAUACAUUGUUCCAUAUCCAGCCGACAGAGAAUCACGUCGAAAAAACAAUAUUUAUGUUUUGGGAGCGUUACGUAAGAAAUUCCACCUUUCCGAGGCAGAUAUCGAAAAAGUUCUAUCCGAUGAAGCGGUUCAAUUGAGUUAUAGGGAAAAAUUUCUUACCACAUCUCUAGAAAUAUUGAUAAACUAUGGAAUUGUUAAACAAACAUUUCUAGAAUGUCCAUGGCUUAUUACAAUGCAACCAAAACGCCUUGAAGUGAAACUUCAAGAACUAGAAACUAUGAAACUUCGUGACAUCAACGACUUUGCACCUCUCCUUCGAUUGAAUGCGACUCGUUUUAAAAGGCUAAUGAUAUCACUUAAGCGUGAAUCAAAGUAUAUUCCUCACGGCAAUCGAAUUUACUAUAUUAGCGACAAAUUGAACUUGCCUGCAUUCACAGUUGCCAAAUAUUUGUCGAAACGUUUAUUUAUUCUUGAAAUGCCUUUUGAUACAUUGGACAAAAACCUUCACCAUAUGCUCAAUUAUAAUGUUUCUCCAUGGAAUAUAAUUCGUGAUCUUUGGGCUUUUCGUUAUACACCGAAAUCUGUUGAGAAUCGACUUGAACGUGCAAAGCUUGCAAAAAAAGACAAGAUUAUGCCUUGGAUGGUACGAUGUCCAGAAAAUAUUUUACAAAGAUCUUUUCAGUUAUCGAUUGACGAGGAUAAAAUACUCGAAGGCAAAGAUUCAGCAGUUGCAUAUGUAGCUGAGAGAUUAGGAUUUUCAGUACCUGUGACCCAAGCUAUUAUGAACAAGCAUCCGGCUGUUCUUAAAGUUCGAGUUCCAAAAAUAAAAGAAGUUUUGGACUAUCUUCUUGAUGAGGAAGGCUUCACCCGUCACGAAGUUGCCCAAGUUCCUCGUAUCCUAUGUCAUAGUUUGGACACUACCAAAGAACGUAUUGCAGAAUUGAAAUCAGUUGGCUGUCGAAUGAGUUCUUUGGUUAUUGUUUGUAAGAGCAAACGUGAAUAUGCCAAGUUUCUUAAUAAGUGGAUAGAUAUAAGAGAUAAAAUCGAACUUCGAAAAGAACUUGAAAAUAAAAAUUGAUUUUUUGAGAACGAA